CUCUCUGACAGCUCCGACCACGCGCACUCGCUAAUAUCAAUCGUUGCAAACUCCGCCCACUACAUCGUCAACGACCUCACGCGUUGAAGCCCUGUCAUCUGAACUCACGCGCUGUUCGUAAUCUCACCUACCGCUGAACACGACCGAAUACAAGAUGGCUUUGAACGCAUACAUGAACAAGCGCGUAACCGUCCUGACCCUCGAUGGGCGCUCCAUGAUCGGCACCCUCCUCUCCUGCGACGGCAGCAUGAACCUCGUCCUGCAAGACGCCAUUGAGCGCAUCAUACGGCCACGCGAGGAAGAAGUGCCAUCCGAAGAGGUGCCGCUCGGGCUCUACAUAAUACGAGGUGACAGCGUCGCGAUCGUGGGCAGGCUGGACGAGGAGCUAGAUGGCACAAUCGAUUGGACGAAGGUACAUGGCGAGGUGCUGGGGAGUACAAGGCAUAUGUGAGGGGUGGGGGAUGGAUAUCGUGAGAUGACUUUAUGAGAGGAUUGGGAGGUUGGGAUGAUCAAAGCGAAGGGCUGGAAUAUAUGCGAUGAGGAUGUGCGAUGCCAUGGAAAACAGGCGACGUGAUUGAGGAUCUGCGCCCGGCCACGUCACGAUCAAGGUCGGAUUAGAAUGGGUUAGCCCGCACGGAGGAGGGUUGGUUAAGCAACGAGAAGGAGAUACCAUGAUACCCACGAACACUCGACAGAUACGCAGAACUGCGCAAAGAUCUGAAAUACACACACAUGAGCUUUGGGCGUGACGGACGCUACUACGCGUCUGAGCGAUCAUGCCAUUACUUUAGACUUCGUCUCUAUGCUCUUCUUGACCUCUCUGCAAAAUAUGCGACUCACCUUCUCUCUC